AAUCAGCAGUUUUUAUUUUUCUUGAUUCUGUAAGAAGAUCGAUAACAGCUGACACAACCAUGUAUUACAUCAAUGUCAUUUUUUAUGAUUUUAGUAAAUUUUUUAAUAUAUUAUAACAAUUAACAUAUACAUUUUCCGAGUGACAAUAGACAAAAUCCAUCAAAAAUAACUUUGUAUCAACUUUAACGACAUUGAUAGUUUUUAUUUUUGGUGGAAUAGAAACGAAAUCCACGAAGAACUACAUUUUUUUUUCGGUGGAAUAAAAUUUUACGUAAUUAAAUUUUUGACGGACCUUAAUGUCACUCUAGAAUAGGGUUUUUUCUCCAUUGGGGGGACAACAGUAGUUUAAUAUCGUAAUAUGUAGUCAAAUAUCACAUUAAUAAUGAAACAACAGCCUCCUUGAUUGAUGAAAAUCCAAAAAUAUUUAGCAGUGCGAAAAAGGGAACAAACAGUGAAAAAACAGUUAUUCAAAUUUUAGUACGCAAUAUCUUUUUUGUUAAAAUAUCACGUAAGUUUCGCAUUCAACGAUGUACCAGAAGAAUAUUUUUCUAUUUUGGGUAUAAAGAAUUUUCAUAGCAAAUUUGGGAUUAUUCUAUAAACUAUUCCACCACAAUGUUUACAAACAAACAUGUUGGUAUAACCUAUAAAUAUUCUCGCGUGAUUAUUUCUGUUUAUAACACCUUAGAAAAAAACAAUUUUUACUCAAAGAUUUACUCAUUCAUUUACUCAGCAGCAUUCCGAUUUUAAAGGUUCUGAUUUUUUGUAAUAAACUAUUCGCCAUAUUUUCUACUAUAUAAAAUGGUUGCCCCAACAUUCUCUGGUAAUGAUGUCUACUUGUCUACCUUGUACUCAUAAAAAAGUUUCUGUCUUCGGUUCGGUACAAGUAUUCUAGAUGUUCAUGACCAUACCGCAUGUUCUUCAACUCGAAGUCAUCAGUUUCUUCGAGAGGUGUCGUCUGGAGUACAGCGUGUCCUUGCAGUGCCAUAGUUAAAUUCAUUAUUUUUUCUUCAUCGUUCUAAUUAUUCAUAACAUUGGUGUCUGGUGUGGGGUAUUGUAAAUAAAUAGUGACAGAAACAUGGCUAUGAGCCUGAGCGACCUAAAAGUGACGGGACUAAAAGCAGAAUUGAAAAAUCGCGAGUUGGAAACAUUCGGUAAGAAGAUUGAAUUAGUAGAAAGACUGGUAAGUGAAGGAUCCGAUCCAGAAAUUGAUCUAUUCAAAGACGAGUCUCCCACUUUGAUCUCCUCCAAUUCUGCCGAUAUGGAUGAGAUUUCGUCGCGCCUGAGCGACCUAAAAGUGACGGGACUAAAAGCAGAAUUGAAAAAUCGUAAGUUGGAAACAUUCGGUAAGAAGAUUGAAUUAGUAGAAAGACUGGUAAGUGAAGGAUCCGAUCUAGAAAUUGAUCUAUUCAAAGACGAGUCUCCCACUUUGAUCUCCUCCAAUUCUGCCGAUAUGGAUGAGAAGAUUUCGACGCGCCUGAGCGACCUAAAAGUGACGGGACUAAAAGCAGAAUUGGAAAAUCGUAAGUUGGAAACAUUCGGUAAGAAGAUUGAAUUUGUAGAAAGACUGGUAAGUGAAGGAUCCGAUCUAGAAACUGAUCUAUUCAAAGACGAGUCUCCCACUUUGAUCUCCUCCAAUUUUACCGAUAUGGAUGAGAAGAUUUCGACGCGCCUGAGCGACCUAAAAGUGACGGGACUAAAAGCAGAAUUGGAAAAUCGUAAGUUGGAAACAUUCGGUAAGAAGAUUGAAUUAGUAGAAAGAUUGGUAAGUGAAGGAUCCGAUCUAAAAACUGAUCUAUUCAAAGACGAGUCUCCCACUUUGAUUUCCUCCAAUUCUGCCGAUAUGGAUGAGAAGAUUUCGACUAUGAAGGACGAUAUGUCGAAUUUUAGGAACGAUGUUUUAUCAUUGAAAACUGACGUUGCCGAGAACGUCGAAAAGAGGUUUGAUUUUUUCCAAUCAAGCGCAACGUCUAGUAGAAAUCUAAAUUUUUACAGCUUUAGCCCAACACUUUAGACCGAUAUCGACCAUCGCACCAAACCAGAGAGUUGAAUUUUCGUUGGAAAGAAGCUAUUGGUUCAUAGACAUUCUUAAUUCUUAUGUUUUCCAUCCCAAUUCCCAAAUUAUACGCUUUGUCUUUUAUGUUGAGGUUAAAUGGGGUUUUUAGUUGGACUCCAACAAGUAAAUUUAUUCUUUAUCUUUAUCAGUGUGCUUGAUUUUAUUUUCAUUGAAUGAUGAAGUAUUUUCGAAAGUUUAAGAGUGUUAUCCAUUUAUUUCCCUAUUAAAAAUGUGGAUAAUAACCUCAAAUUUGUUUUGAGUAAUGUUUAAAAUUUUUGUAUGCGUUUCCAAUAUAGAGGAGCCGCACUGUAUAUAUUCAAUGGAUUUUAUAUGUUUGUUAUUUGUGUGAAGUAGAUCAUCUUCGUUAUAUAAAGUACCACUAGGUAUGAUUUGGCUUUCUAUUAGAUCGUUAAGAUGGUCUAUUAGCAGUCGAGAGCAUAAAAUUGCAAAAGGUCAAUUGUUGACCUACACCCACAGGUAUAUGACGUGACAUUUUUUCAUAUAUUUUAUGCGAAAGUUGACCCAAUACUCGUAUAAUGGAAAUAGAAAUGGUCAUAUAUUCUUAAAAAAAUAAUAUUACUACCAAUAAAUAAUAAAAUGAAAUGAAUCAUUUAACAUUCAUUAAUAAUAUAAUGAUUGAGUUGGCGUACACAUCUUCUCAUAGCAUUAACUAUCUUUCAAAUUCACACCAAAGACCCCUGUAACUUAUUUUCAGUUCUUAGAACUCAUUAUGGUGACGUAGAGGAGGCUAAACCGCGAUUAAGCACCUCCAAAGUUUUGGCCAGGGUAAUAAGAAAAAAAACCAAUCAAUAACCAAGAAGUAGAUAGAUACAAAGAGGUUUUAGGGAAGAGAAAAAAGUGCGAUGGACCAGAUUUUUACUUUACAAACAACAGAGAGUAAAAACCAAAAUCUAGAACUACUAUAAAGAGGACAAAAGGUGUAUGAGGUUUCAUAAGUUAUACGUGUUUCAAAAAAAGAUUGAUGAGGCUGACUUUGGAUAGAACUAAGAUCAAAGUAUUGUUGGAAGGUAGGUUAUCGGGAAGUUUUCAAGGAAAAAUAUCGUCUGAGCGGGUCUAUUCCUUAUCCAUUCUACUUUUUAACCUCACAGAAACAAUACAGAGGAAAAACCAAGAGUAUAAACUAGAACUACAUAUACUGUUCAUAGAUUAUAAUCAAGCUUAAGAUACGAUAGAGCGCUCAAAGAUGUAUGAGGCUUUAGAAGUUAUACGUGUACCAAAUAUGGCGAGACUGAUUUGAGAAUUGAAAUCAAAGUAUGGUUAGAAGGAAGCUGGAGCUGUGCUAUUUCAUCAAGUUAAUGCACCGUACGUGUCUACAAAUUGAUACAGAUGAUGAAAAAUUUGAUGAUUUGUUUCAGUGUCCACAGUAUUCCUAGAUCUAAUUCCCAGCGACUUUUUAGACCUCAGAAGAGUGCUUGUGCACAAAAAUUUGGCGCUAAAUCCUACCUUAAAAAUGGUAUGACCGCUAUAAUUAUUCCGUUGCCCUUGAAGGCAACUAUUUUUAAAUAAAAUGCGCAAAUAAGUUGUAUUUAAUCGCAUUAUUAGUUUCGAUAAGAAAUUCAUUCCUUGAAUAGUAAUUUUGUUUAUAAUAAGACCAAAAUUAUUCUGUUAAAUAAAUAAUUUAAAAUCAUUAAUGGUGUUACAACAUGUAAGGCGAAUUUUUUUAGUUAAACUGACAUAUUGUAAGAAAAGAAUGUUUUUAAAUUAAUCGAUUUUAAUCGAUACGAGCAGUGGAAAUCAGUUUACAGUAGAAUGGAAAUAAGUUGGUUAGAAUGCAUUCCGUGGUAAAACUACUAGUUUUGUGAUUGACAGUUGAACAUAGAACGAUAAACUAUUAAUUGACAGUAGAUAAUAGAUCGAAUUUUCUCACGAAACGUUAUAAUAUUCUUCUGGUACUUUAAAACAUUUAGUAGGAACUAUUCAAACAUUACGUAAUGUUCACAGCUGUACAUUUCUGCCGAAAAUUUAAAUAAUUUGUUUAUAAAAAUAGAUUUACGUGUUAAAAAGUUAUGUGCAAAUUAGAGGGAGAGGACAAUAUACAGGGUUUGCCAUUGACAAUUGUACAUAUACGCGUAAACUUCCUUUUAUAUCUUAGUUUAAAACUUGGCAACAAAUAGAAAAUUAGGUCAAUGGUUUUCCCUGGAUAUCGAUGAGCUUUUUUUAACAAGUUAUUUUUUUUACAACAGCCGAUUCUCAACGUUCAAUAUAAUUAUAAUUUUUCAAAUAUAUACAAACUUAAUAUUGUUAAUUUAUUUUUUUAAAUUAAUUUCCUAUUUACAAAUAUACAAAAUAUGAACGAAAACUUGGUUUUUUUAAAGUGGACCCCACCACGGUAUUCAAAAUGAUUUUUUUCGAAAAUGCCAGAUGAUAAGAUUGAGUUUUAGAGGAACUCUUCAAACUUAUGUCUUAUCUUACGUAUAUUUCAAAGUACGAAUACACCAAUUAACUAAAGUCACUCGGUUUAAAUAAUAGAAUAAAAAUUUUGUCUUAAAUAACUGAUUGUCGUAACUGGUUGUUAAUAAUAUUUAAAUAAUUAGUUGGUCAAAAGUUAAGGAUUUUUAUCGAAUUCUUUUUUAACUGUUGAAUGCCAUAACGAAUUAAAAAUUAUCAUACAAUAUUGAAAAUUAAAUUAAAAACAAUAUAAAAUAAUAAAAUAACAGAAUUCAUCAAGAAAUUUAGUAAUAAAAAAUGUUUAAACAACAGCUGAUAUUUUUUU